CACGCACGGGCAGCGCAGUUUCUCUCCGGAGCGGCAUCGUCGCUUUUCACCUCGAGUGCGCAGUGUACCUUUAAAAGGUUGAACUCGCCUGGCUGCAAAGACUGGAUUGCUUGCCCACUCGGCUCAGCUGUGCGUAGCUUCCAGCAGUGACAUGGCAUAGAGGCGGUGUGCUGUCAACAGCAACAGCAGCAUCUUACAGCACCAUGGCCGCUCUCCGGCAGCCGAAGCGGACUGGAGCCUUUGUCGCUCUGGGCUCGAUGAUGCCCGUCUGGAUAUUACUGAACGCGGCGCCAGGACUGAGGGCGGAGGACGACGGUAUGGAGGAACUUGCCACCGAGAAGGAGGCUGAGGAAAGUCACCGACAGGACAGCGUUAAUUUGCUGACAUUCAUUUUACUGCUGACCUUAACGAUCCUCACCAUAUGGCUCUUCAAGCACAGACGGGUCCGUUUCCUUCACGAAACCGGACUGGCAAUGAUUUACGGAUUGCUGGUCGGUGUAAUUCUGCGGUAUGGCAUCCCUGCCACCAGCUACCACAACAAGACACCCCCAAGCUGCUUGCUGAAGGAAGGACCUGUCAGCACCCUGCUGCUUAAUGUCAGCGGCAAGUUCUUUGAGUACACCCUCAAAGGGGAGAUCAAUUCCAGAGAGAUUCACAAUGUGGAGCAGAAUGAUAUGCUGCGCAAGGUGACAUUUGACCCUGAAGUAUUCUUCAACAUAUUGCUGCCUCCAAUUAUUUUCCAUGCUGGGUACAGUCUAAAGAAGAGACACUUCUUUAGGAAUCUGGGCUCCAUCAUAACCUAUGCAUUUCUUGGCACUGCCAUCUCAUGUUUUGUUAUUGGGAAUCUGAUGUACGGUGUGGUCAAACUGAUGCAAGUGGUCGGACAGCUAGCUGACAAGUUCUACUACACUGACUGCCUUUUCUUUGGUGCCAUUAUCUCUGCCACAGACCCAGUGACGGUGUUGGCCAUCUUUAAUGAGCUCCACGCAGAUGGGGAUCUCUACGCUCUGCUGUUUGGAGAAAGUGUUAUGAAUGACGCAGUUGCCAUUGUGCUUUCCUCGUCAAUUGUGGCCUAUCAGCCCAGUGGAGCUAACACGCACAUGUUUGAUGCUGCAGCCUUUUUCAAGUCGGUGGGGGUUUUCCUGGGUAUUUUCAGCGGCUCCUUUGUGAUGGGUGCAGCCACAGGCGUUGUCACCGCUCUCGUCACCAAGUUCACUAAGCUGCACUGUUUCCCACUACUGGAGACGGCCCUCUUCUUCCUCAUGUCCUGGAGCACUUUCCUGCUAGCUGAAGCCUGCGGGUUCACAGGUGUCGUGGCUGUGCUGUUCUGUGGCAUCACGCAGGCUCACUACACCUACAACAACCUCUCUGAAGAGUCAACAAAACGCACCAAACAGCUCUUUGAGGUCCUUCACUUCCUGGCUGAGAAUUUCAUCUUCUCCUACAUGGGUUUGGCUCUGUUCACUUUCCAGAAUCACGUUUUCAGCCCUAUUUUCAUCAUAGGGGCUUUUAGUGCCAUAUUCAUCGGAAGAGCUUUCAACAUUUACCCGCUCUCCUUCCUCCUCAACCUCGGCAGAAGGCACAAGAUCAAGGGAAACUUCCAGCAUAUGAUGAUGUUUGCAGGUCUGCGCGGGGCGAUGGCAUUCGCCUUGGCCAUCCGGGAUACGGCCACCUAUGCCCGCCAGAUGAUGUUCACCACCACGCUGCUCAUUGUCUUUUUCACUGUCUGGGUGUUUGGCGGCGGGACAACACCCAUGUUGUCCUGGCUACACAUCAGCUUUGGGAACAGCGCCAAGCAAGAGCGAUGUCAACAUGGAAAGUGGGAGUACUUCAGGGUUGGUGUGGACCCAGAUCAAGACCUGCAGCCCUGUGGAGACAGCUUCCAGGUCUUACAGGGGGAUGGCACUCAGGCCAAAACCAAACAGGAGAGUGCAUGGCUCUUCAGACUGUGGUACACCUUUGAUCACAAUUACCUGAAGCCCAUUCUGACACACAGUGGUCCGCCUCUCACCUCCACGCUGCCCGCCUGCUGUGGACCACUGGCGAGCUGUCUGACCAGUCCCCAGGCAUACGAGAACCACGAGCAGCUGGGGGACCACGACUCUGACCUCAUCCGUAACGACGGCGAUCUGACCUACAUGUUCGGUGACACUGCCAUCACAGCAAACGGGGCGUCCGGGGGUGGGGGUGAUGCAGCCGGAGGGUCAGGCUGGAGCGCGAAUGGCAAAAGGAGCGGCAGCACCUCAGAGGAGGCGUUGGAGCGUGAACUGGACUCCCGCGAGCAAGAGCUGCUGAGCCGCGGCACGCGUCUGGUUUUCCCCAUCGAGGAUCACGUCUGACCCUCCCUUCCCCAUCUGCAUCAUCAAAUCUCCCUGACCCAACCCCCAGACCGCCCAACCCUCAGCUCUCUCCACAUACUUGGGGCAGAGCGUCCAGUCCUUCAGAGAUAAGAUACGGUGGAGAUAAGGUAGUACACAAGAGGGGUGGGUUCAGAGCGACUCUGAGCUCCCUCCAGGCCCGGGAGCAGAGCUCAAGGAGCAUUUCAUCCUCAUUACAGAGCUGAGUUUGUUCUCCAGGAGACAUGUGUCCUCUAGCGCGUCAGGAGAUAAACUCUCCAUGUUAUACUGUGAGUCAGUCUUACUAAUUGUUUCCUCUGCAUAAACAGGAGGGAAAUCUUUAUGCAGAAUAUGAGGACAAAAAAAACUCAUCAGAGAUUCAGUCUGCACUUUUGAACAUGUGACACUGUGUGGAGAAGUAGAGAAAUGAGAAAUUGCCUGGCAGCCCUCAUCUUGAGAGCUGACCAGUUUGUCUUCAUAGCACACCAGUAAGCACUGACAAAAUGCUUCUUUGCUGUUACACCCCAUCUAGAUGCUGAAAAGAGACUACACUAACCAAACAUUAAUAGUUUAUAGAUGAAACAGGAGUUCUCUGGUAAAUGUGUACCAUUCAUCUGAAGCUGCUGUGGUAUAAUUGUGAGGAUGUCCUUUGUUUCAAAAGCAUCUGUGUGGAGGACUGUGUGGCAUGUGAGGAACCACUGCAGCCUGUCAUGGGUAAAGUAAGUGGUUUGGAUUUUUGUCUGUGUACUGAGCUGGUUUUCACAACAAUAAUUUGACUAAGGAAUGGGGUUGCAACUAACAAUGUCAUUGUCGAUUAAUCUGAAGAUGAUUUUGUCGAUUCAUUUAUUAGAAAAAAAUGUCUUAGGUGAUGUUUGACUAUAUUGCUUGUUCUGUCCAAUCAAUAAUCAAAAAAUAUUCAGUUAACUGGAAACAAGGAACGUUUGACAUUCUAACUUUUUUGUGUCAAGACUAAUCAGUUACUUGAUUAAUUGUUUAAACAUUUAGUAAUUGGUAUGAUAACAUGUGUGCAUAGGAGACCAUGCAGGAGCAGGAAAGCCCAGCAUAAGAAAGGAUGCUAAAUAGUUCUUUGAACUUUAUUAAUACGAUUAAUACGACAACUUUAAACUUAAGUGUUGACAUUUUCAGAGAAGUGAAACUUAGAGUACCAAAUAAAGAAGAGCAGCCACUGAAACACACAGUGCUUACACAUUACCGCACCCAGCAGGUAUACUUUAUGUGCAUCAACAGUGGUUAUUCCCUUACAUAGUUGUAUCUCUGGGUUGUUUAGCCCAUAUACCCUCAAAUGAAAAUCAAAAUGUCAGCACUUCAGUAGAGUGAUAUGGUGAAUUGGUCUCAUAAAACACAGAUACACCUGUAAAUGUUGGGAUAUUUUGUGUGUUGUCCCUAAACCUUCAUUCCUGGCUUCACAGUUAAUAUUUAUUAACAUACAUAAAUUCCUAAUUUGUGUUGUCCUAGUUUUUGAGGCCUUGAUUUUGAGUUCACAUUAGUCAGCAUACAUUUGCAUUUUGCAAAAUAAAACCCACAUCGGUAGACUGAUUAAAUAUUGUAUAACAUCAUGAAAUGCUUUUGAAUGUCUUUUGGAUGUGAAUCUAUAGUUCGAAAUAUUGGGAAAUACGCUUCAUGUUCUUAAAAUAUAUAUGAAUACUUUGGGAAAUUGUUUUUCUGGUGGAGAGUUAGUUGAUAAAUCAAAUACCUUUUUCAUAUCUGCCCAUUAAUUACAAAAAGGCAGCCAGUUAGCUUAGCUAAAAGACUGAAAACAGGGCAAAACAGCGGGUCUAGCUCAGCCCAAGCACGAAUGGGCAGUAUUUACGAUACAUGUAUUUAAAAUACAAAUUAGGAUUUUGUGAUUUUUAUUUGAUAUGGUUCAUGGAAAUGUCUUAAUAUUUUAUAUUAAAAUACUUUAGUCUAUUGUAUUUUUUUAAAUUUAAAAAUACUGUAAAAUACUUUGUGGGAAGUCUAGGUGAUGACAUCAUUAAAAUACUGCCUCUGAUUGGUUGAUUAGUUGAGAUCAGAACAGAAACUUGAUCGCCUGUUACGUUUCGGUGUUCGUUUCAGUAGCCUAGGCUAAGUCAUUUACCAAUUUAGGAAAUGGUCUUGCUAACUAUUUGACCCCAGUAGCAGUCCUCACAGUUAACACUAGCUUGCUACUUUCAGCCUAUGUUACAUUUUCAUGGGUUGUGUACAACUAAAAUAAUAAAGCGUUUGAGUUGUUGUACAAAAUUACUUUAUAAAGUACUUUAGAUUAUAUAUAUCUGAUCUGGUAAGUGGUUGCACAUGUCAGCUUUAUCACGACUCAUUAAGCAGAGAAAAGCUGUUGCAUUGUCCCUUUAAUAGAUCCUAUAGGCCAAUAGUGACUUCAUGGUACCUUGGAAAAGUAUUUUUAGUAUUUUUGAAAUACAAAAAUACAAUUGUUUAUUGGGAAACCUUGCGUGGCUGCUGUAUUUUAUAGUUUAUUUUGAUGCACUUAAAAUUAGGGGAUUUGUUAUCUUAUUUUAAAACACAUUUUGAUGUGUCUUUUCCCAUUCCAAGUCCAAGGGUAAUGAAUUCCACCUACCACAACCUAUAAAGCUAGCUAAUUAGUUCAACCUCUACAAAACCCAAGUAUAAAAACAAAAAAGAUUCAGGGGGGUCUGGGUGGACUAUUUCAGAUGUUCUGUAUUGGGCAGAUUUUGUUACCUUCAAAAUGAACCUUUUAUAAGCUAAGAAAAACUUAGACCGGCUGCUGGCUAUAGCUUCACAUGUACCGUACAGACACCAAGGUCUUCUCAUCUAAGUCUCUGCCAGAAAGCUAAUAAGCUAAUUUCCCAAAACUAUUUUAAAGGUGGGGUAAGUGAUUCUGGAGAAAUCCAAUACAAUGACAAAUACACAGUGAUACAGAGCAAACAAAGACACUGCAAGUACUAUAACGUUAGCUAGGUUGUGGGUUAGCAGACUGUUGCUACAGUUGCUGCUGCGAAACUAACGUGGAGAUGACGAGACCGUCCCACAGCCAGCACUCCUGCUCCAGACAGUGAUACAACUGUCCUGCUACUGUAGCUAACAUCACAACAACAGCAUGUGUUGGUGAAUUAGAAAAUAAGAUGAAUGUCUGUGGGCAAGUAAUUUAACGUUACCUGAUACACAAAUAAUGGCUGGAACGGCUAGUAUAGUGUUGGGUCGUGUGGUCCGAGCCACCAUGUUUGUUUCCCAUUUUACAGAGCCAGAGCUGUGUACAAACACCUGACUUUUUGCAGCGCGCACACAGAAUGGACAGCUAGCAGCCUGUGAGGAGAUAUUUGCAUAAUUUGACAGACGUGUAUUGGAUUAGAAUCACGUACCUCACCUUUAAACCAAUUUUGCAGCUACAACACUUCACUUACACAUUUAUUUAGCAGUCACUGCACAUACAUAAUGAUAACCUGGAGACUUCCCUAAACUUGGAUUACUUCAAACCUGACCACUCAUUUUUCUGAAAUUGCAGUAAACCUGUAAUAAAUGGGAACACCUGCAGUUCUCUUUAGCAGUCUUAACAAUAAAAGAUGUGAACUAGUGAAUGCACUUCCUCUUUUGGUACCAGAUAAUGCAUGUUUUCUCAGCAUUAGACUGAUUAUAUAUAUAUAUAUGACUUUAUUUCACCUCCGCGCUACAGAGCCGUGCGGUAAGACUUAUUCCCAACCUGCAAAUCCUCCUUAGGAGACCAUGACUUUGGGCUUCCAAAUUUCACCCACUCCAUUAGUCCCUGCUGGCUUACAUUUUUCCACAACAGACCAUUGAACCAUAUUAUUUACCUACAGGUUGAUUGGUGAACUAUAGAAAUGUUUAUUUGUAGUGCAUCAGUUACUCUUCAGUGACCUUCUAACCAUAUUCCCUCCCCCUUAAGAUGUUAUAUUUAGCUCCUAACCAAUAAAAUGUAAAUAGUAGCAUAUUAAUAUUAACUGUUAGGGUUUACAGAGCUGUAUCCAAGCCCUUCAGGCUGGUGGAACAGCUAGUUGAAACAACAACUCGCUCUCUGAGUAGGAAGAGGCUAUUUCUAUUUCACACAUUUUGUGUUCCCUUUCACAUGUCUAGACAUUUGAACCGCACACCAUUUUAAAAUUCACCACAUAGCACGUGUAGCCUUUUGUGUUUUCCUUCGACUGCACACAGGGGAUGCUGCAUUUAUGCAUGAGUACACAAGGGCAGGUGUGAAAGGCGCCAUUGUGUUAAGUUGAAUCUCAGGCUUUCACACCAGGGAGAAGCCCCACACAAGUUUUAUGGCUCACUGAGGACCUCCAAGAGGAAAUGAAUCUAGUUAUGUAAGCUGUUGCCAAGCUGUAUGCACUGUGGGUCAUUUAAAUUCUAGCUGAAGUGAGAAGUAAUGUGAAGCUGUGCUCUGUCUAACGUUUCCUUUCACAGUCUAAUGAUAGCGAAGCUUGUCUGGAUCUGGGGCAUAAAAAUAAUCACUUAUUCACUGUUAUGCUUGAAUAAAACAUUGCUGUUAGACUUGGACUUAUGCUCACACCAUCUCUUCUGUGAUAUGGAAAGGGUACACCCUCUACAUACAGUAUAACCUACAAGGGAUAUUGUGCAAAACAACUGUGUUUUUGAUCAUAUCUGUUGAGAAUAUCCCUAUAAUCCCCGCUGUAUCGACUAAGGUUGGCGCAGAAAGAGACAGAAGAACUGACAUUUAUCGACAUGUACAGGACAAUCUGACCUGAGUUUUUCCCUGAGACAUGGGAGCACUUUAUGGACAGCAAAACAUCAAGGGACGGCUUAACUGAUGGCUGUAGACAAACAAGCGAGCAGUUUGGGACUGUACCUCAAGCAGAGGACAAUCACGGGACUCUUGUAUAACCUUCAUGUGCACUCUAUCUCCACACUGUGUUGCUGUCAGUUGUCUUGCUGGCUAUAUUUACAUGCUCUCUGUACCUGAGAAAUAUGAGAUGUAGCUCAUUCGUCAAUAUGUGGCACCUGUUGCUUCUAGAUGCAACUUGCCGCCUGGUUCUGCCUACCAUGGUUUGCAUGUCAACAUGUUAAUAAAAAUCGUCAAAUAAUGA